AUGGAGGUCACAGAUAGUGGUUCAAAUUUUGUUAUUAACUGCGAGGAUGAGGAACUAACUCCAGAAGCAGGACUUAAGGAUUUGCAAAAAUUUGAUGAGACUUUGAGGAAGCUAAAACGACCUACAUUUGCAAUCAGAGGGAGUAGCUCAUAUGUCCUUGACAAAUGGGCUGUUACCCACUGGGAUCUGUUACAAUUCUCCGGACAUUUCAUUGAGCAUGUGCUUCGAUAUACAAAGAAAGACAAUUUGGUGCAGCAAAAUCAUGAUGUCACAAAAAUAGUUGAUCUGAUGCUUUCACGUCUUCUUGGGAGAUACAUUGCCCAGUUAAUUAGAUUCCUUGUCUGCACUUGUGAUAUUGAUGGCUUGUUUUCAAGUGCAUGGAGACACUUUGUGGCAUCAGAAUGCACUGACAAGCCACGGAAAGCAAAGGUUGGAGGGUUGGAAGAUGCAUUGUCCGAAGUCGGUUGAUCCUGAAACUGCUUGGGCAUGUAAAGAAGUUGGAGUAGCAGACAAGCGUGCUUUGUCACUAUCCCACAAGUCUGUUCUAAUGGGUAAUGUGAAUUUGACCAAUUUUAAAGCACUCCUGGAAAGACAUGGUGUACAGGUUGAACUUCAAGAAGAUGAUACUUUAUUGUGUGGUGGAUCCAUCCAUGUGUAUCAAGUAUUAUUCUACACUCGAGGUAGGCAGUGGAUAUAGCAUUUUGUCAUGCACAUGUUCUUGCCACGAUUUGAUGACCUUGAGCGGUUUCCUCAUGAAGCAAUUCAGUUUACGCAACACUUGUUUUGAA